UAAAUAAAUAUUUAAUUUGUGCUUUGUUUAUUUAUUUGGAUAACACCAAUCUAAUCGGACCAUAAUCUUCCUCUUAUAUGGCAACUCUCUUCUAUGGAACUUAUCUAUCACCCAAUUUCUUUUCCAUCACCAAUUCCAAUCAGUCUGAAUGGGUCAACAUCAUAAUAUUUUUCAUUCUCUCUCCCUCUAAACUAAACGAAAAUACCAAAACGAAAACAUAACACACAAAAAUCAAACCAACCGAAAGAAGGAAGAAGAAACUCAAAAAAAAAGGAAAAGAAAUAAGAAAAUCCAACGAACAACACACAGAAUGAAAAAAUAUUGCAAAUGGCGAACAUUCGUGUCGGACGUUGAAUUCAUUUCGUUUGUUAAAAAAUCGUAAUAUCCAUGCUUUACCGUAAUGUUUUUGUUGCAAAACAAAACAAAUUGUUGAUCAGCACAAAACCCGUCAGUGUUUUAUUUUAUUUUUCCAAUUCCAAUUCGAUUGAGAACUGAGAUUUUAUGAACAAUCUGGCAAACUUGUAAAAGGUUGAACAUUUCUUCCUCUGUAGAAUCGUUGUUCUGAGUUGUUGAAAACAUUUCUCAAUCAGGUCGCAAUAUGAAUGAUAUUGCACCAAGUACGUCUGCGGCAGCUAUAGCUUCACCACAGACGUCUGCAGCUGCUGUUGCGGCAGCAGCGGCAGCCGCUGCUAGUGCACAAUCAGCUUGGGAUCAACUGACAGCACCACAAAACCAAAAUGAUGCUGCAGCCGCCAACAAUACCCUUCUAAAUUUGAGUCCGCCAUUGGUGGGAGCUUCAUCGCCGAGUUGUAGUUCCCCCUCGACUCCAGUGAAAUUGGGUCCACCGCCCGAGAUGACAGCACACACCCCACAAGGUCCACCAACUUCACAUGGCUCUGGAUACGGCGAGGAGCUCAGCACAGAAUUGGUUAACCAAGGAUGGCGGAAAUUCUGGUCAAAACGGGAGAACCGGCCGUACUAUUGGAAUAAAGUGACCGGAGAAUCCCUUUGGGAAAAUCCCGGUCAAAGACCAUUCGAUCCACUCACUGAUCCGCUUGGUAUAUGCCAUCCUGGCGCCCCCCAGCCAAAUAGCCCUUUGCCUCAUCCGAACCUUAAGAGAAGACCCUCGGAAGAUAUGCAUCAUGGUAUGGCGCCGCCUAUGAAGAAGUUCGUUCUGCCGGGGCCGUGGGACUUGGAGAUAUUCACAAAUGCCGUUAUCGUUGAGCGACCACCGACAUUGUUGCCCCAUCCACACCCCGAAAUCGAGGCGAUUCGGGCAGCCUACACGAUGAAGCUGGUAAAAACCUACGAGGACCUAUGUAUGCGAAGGGAGAGCAUAAAAGCUCCCAAAGACUCCUUUAACCGUUGGCUCAUCGAGCGCAAGGUUAUUGACCGUGGCUACGAUCCACUCCUUCCGAGCUUCUGCAAGAUCGAAGUAUCCCCAGCGAUGUACUUCGAAAUAAUGAACGACAUCCCCAUAAAAAUUGUCAAACCCAAAUUCACUGGCGACGCCCGGAAACAGCUCUCCCGCUACGCAGAAGCAGCCAAACACAUAAUCGAGUCCCGAUCUGCUCCUCCCGAAAGCAAAAAAGUAGUCAAAUGGAACGUCGAAGACACAUUCCAGUGGCUACGGCGUACAGUCGGUGCCAGCUAUGAGGAUUUUCAAGAUCGCCUGCAGCACCUCAAGCGACAAUGUGAGCCUCAUCUGGUGGAGACGGUCAAAGGCAGUGUCGAGGCACUGUGCACAAAAAUCUAUCAUCUGUCGGCGGAACACGCUAAAAAGAUCCGCGAACGACACAUGCUGCUGCUCAAAGAACACGGAAUCCCCGAGCCCGCCCCACCAGUUCCACCUCCGCACCUCAAGAAAGUCUGGUGCUAUCCCAUCCAGUUUGCGGUGCCAUCGCCCAGAAUGCCCACCAUCGAGUAUCUGCAAGACCGCGAUCACAUGAUCAUCAAGUUCACACCGGCCACACUAAACCAACCAGAUGCCCAGUACAUCAAUUUGACCCAUCUGCAGAAGCUCGAGCAGUUGUACCGUUUCAACUGCUUCGACGACAAGAAAUUCGAUCUCUUCAUCGGGCGAGUGUGGUGUCUGCUGAAGCGCUAUCAGACUUUCCUGGGCAAUGCUCUCAACUCGUCGCAAGAAGCAGAGCUAACACAAGCCUCGUUGCCAGUGCCGGUCUUCGAGUGCCUGCAUCGACACUUUGGCGUCACAUUCGAGUGCUUUGCGUCGCCUUUCAAUUCAUACUUCAGGCAAUACUGCUCGGCAUUUGCGGACACAGACGCGUACUUUGGAUCAAGAGGUCCAUUUCUGGAUUUCAAGCCUGUAUCGGGGUCUUUUCAAGUGAAUCCACCUCAUGUCGAGGAACUUAUCGAUGCUGCUCUUUUGCACAUCGAUAAACUGUUAACAGACUCAAUGGAACCGCUAAGUUUCAUAAUUUUCUUACCGGAAUGGAAGAGUAUAGCUAAACUUGAGGAGAACAUCCACAAGCGACGUUCUAUGGUGGUUCUAGGAAUGGCCCAUGAAUACCGUCAUGGCUAUCAGCAUAUUAUUCCAAAAUCUGAUGUGAAUGUGAAGUGCAUUCAGGGAACAACAGUAGUUUGGAUGCAAAACAGCGGAGGUUACGCUCGCUGGGGACCAAAUGAAUCGCGAGUUGAUGCCCUAAGGGAAGCAUUUAGACCGCAACGCGACAAAGAACGCGAAAAGGCGGCGGCCGCAGCAGCUGCUGCAGCGGCGGCGUCAGCGAACACCCCCACGACGACCUCCACUCCACAUACUCCAAACACCACUGUACCGUCCUUAUCUUCAGGUCCCCAACAUCCGACCACCUCUACAAUGGUGCUCCAAUCCUCUGUGAGCUCACUGGGAAACUCAUCUUCAAAUGAUAGCCUCGAUGCGGGACCAUCUGCAAUUGCCACAGCUAUUGUUACAAACUCAAUGUCGUCGGCAACAACAUCAGUUCUCGUAACUCCAGGAAAUUCAGCAACUGCAAUAAAUUCUGCUGUUUAAAAUGGAUGGAAAUGGAGAAGAAGAAAAUGAGAAAUGUAUGAAUGUUCCAAAGAGAGAGAAAGGGAGAGCGAAAGAGAGGAUGUUGACGGGAAAAACAAAAAAAUUGUUACUACUUAGGAGUAAGUGAAAAGUCGUUUUAAACAAACAAAACACUAAAACUAUAAAUAUAAAAAUAUAUAUAUUUUUAGUUUGUUAAGUUAAGUGCUAAAGCAAAGCUAAUAAUGAGUGGUUUUUUAAGAGAUUUAUAUUAAAUAAAUAAAUUAGAAGAAGGAUGAAUACAAAUAGAAAAAAAUAA